AUGAUGUUUUCUAACUUGAAUCAGCGGGAACUCUCAGGACACACUGAACAAGGCGGUCGACAGGUCUCCUCACAAUGUGAGCAAAGGAGCGUAGACAAUUUUUGUAUAGUCAUUUUCGAUGGAUGUAAUUCGCAGGCUGCUGCUUUACGCUCACAUCACUAUAUCGUCGGGGUACUCGAUAUCGGUCAAGGGACACACCGUGUUGCCAAGUCGAUGUCAGCAGUACAUGUCUUUCGCAAUGUGUCAUGGAAAACCUCAGCGAAAAGAGAAGCUGAACAUGAAGGUUCCUGCCACUGUCCCUGUCUCGCUUCUGUUACCAGUUCAAACGAUGAUGUACAUCCGGCUGAUGUUCGAACUGCAGCGGUUGUUGGUUGGUCCAUGUCAUCAAAUAGGCUAAUUUUCAUGGUACUCCAUCGGCGUACAGCAGCCAGAGAAAACGUCCGUGAUGAGGAGGUCCAAAGAGGCUAG